UGCGCAGGUCUAAUCAUACAACGAUCACGAUGGAUGUCGACGUCGACGGUGGUGGUGGUGGUGGUGGUGGUUAGAGUGAUAAAGACGGGGUCGUGAAUGACGUGACCUACCAUAUAGAGACGGUGGUUCGUCGCGACCGAUGCGUUCAUGUGCGUCACUCUCCUGCGCCGCAGUCCCUACUAUCCUCUCGCACGCGUAUUCGAGUCACCUCGUCUGCCUACUAUUCCCAUUCCCCGCAGCCAUUCUAUCUCUCAGCCUAUAAACUUAUUCACCACCUGUACUUUCUUGCAUUCCCAACGCACCCCGCUAGUCAUGUCCGCGUCCACCCUCUCCUCAUGGGUCCAGUCCCGCUUGUCUGCAGUCUACGAAGCCGCCGAAGAUGACGCCUUUUACAAAGCAUUCGACGCCGUAUUCUCCCCAUCCUGCCAAGUCACCCACAACCACGCCUCCAUCUCUCGUGACGCUCUCAAAGACGCGCUCUUCUCCCGUCGGGCAGCCAGCAUCGGUGCACAAGUCAAAUGGGACGAUAACGUCAUAACAGCUGCAGCAGAGAAAAAUUCUAAUGAGGCUGGCAUAGUCGCCGGAUCGUUCGUCGUACAAACAUCAAUGAAAUUUCGCAUCCGCGCCGCUCCCGCCCAAAGGCAGACAUUGCUUCACUUCAGCGCAAAGGUCGAACAAGACGACGCUGUCGCAGCAGACGAAACAGGCGACCGUCGUCGCAUCAUCAGCUUCCUGUACACCACCCUCGAUAGAACACCCCCCAUCCAUUUCCAGGUUCCCCCUACCGAGAAGGCAGUCAAGCAGGACUAAGUUAUAAGUACGGAUUAGUAAAGAUGUAAUAAUAUUCGGAUGUGGGGCAGUAGUGCAAAACCUCGGAAUCACAUGUAUCAGUACGAAUUCAUGGACGUUAUCUUGUCAU